AUCACUUAUCAUUCCCGUUCUAUAAACCACAACAACAAACAUGUUCGCUAAAGUAUUUGCACUGACUUUAAUAAUCGGCGCGUAUUCCCGCCAGAUCCCCAUAGAAAGUAAGUUUGAGCAAUUGAAUCUACAAAAUGACGAUUUGGAAGACUAUUACUUCGAAAAGGAACUUGAGAGUGUAAGACCUAUAUAUUAUACGUUAAGAAGAGUCCCUCGGCAAGUGCGUGGUUCAGUUAAUACGAACCCUGAUGGUACUGCUAAUGUGAUGGCAAAAAUACCCCUAGCUGGUAAUGAUAAGAAUAUUUUGAGUGGUGUUGGAGGUAUAUAUGGAGCUAAAGAUGGAGGUUUUGGCGCCGCAUCGGCUGGUCUGGCUUUGGAUAAUAUAAAUGGCCACGGCGCAAGUAUCACAGGCAAGCACAUCCCAGAUUUCGGAGACCAGUUGACAGGUGCAGGGAAGGUGAACCUAUUUCAUAAUGACAAACAUGACUUGAGCGCUAAUGCCUUCGCGACUAAAACCUUCCCUAAGAACCCUGUGAUACCCAACUUCAAUACGUAUGGAGGUGGUGUGGACUACAUGUACAACAACAAAGUUGGCGCAUCCUUGGGCGUCGCGCACACAGAUCUCAUGAAGCGAACCGACUACUCCGCGAUGGGCAACGUGAACCUCUUCAGAAACCCCACCAGUUCCUUGGACUUCAAUGCUGGAGCCACGCGUUCCAUAUCACCGUAUAUACCGAAGAGCAAUUGGCAGCCCGCUUUUGGAAUGACGUAUUCUAGAUAUUUCUAAAUGUCUAUUAGUAGAUGUAGUUUAAAAUGUGAAUGUAAUGGCCCUCUUUACAAUGGGCAGCAUUGGACCAACAAAAUAUGAUCGUCGAUGUUUGCCGCCACUAUGGCGA